CACUGCUCUCCGUUGCAGAUUCCCGCGGGAGCUUGGAGCCCGGCCGGAGGCGGGCCUUCCGGGAGACUGGCGCGCGCGAGAGGAAAGUCGCGAGUAGCGCUCAGUCUCUAGGCAGAAUUCAGUCCAGCAACCUAGAGGCUAAAUGACCUCAUAACUCAUUAGCAGUUCUCAGAGCCAUCUGGAGCCCUUGAGGAGAACAGUGUUCAAAGGGCUGAUAAUAAAGACAACAGGAUAAUUAUUUCUCUGCCAUGAUUAAACCUUCACAUGGCAAGCAGUCAGCAUUUUUGUUCUACAGAUUGCUGAGGGAUUCUUGCUCCUUGCUGCUCAAGAAAUGUCUUCACUUUCAGACUAUGCCUUGCGCAUGACUCGUCUGAGUGCCCGGCUGUUCAGUGAAGUGGCCAGGCCUACUGAUUCCAAAUCCAUGAAAGUGGUGAAACUGUUCAGUGAGCAGCCUCUGGCCAAGAGGAAGGAGACUUAUGACUGGUAUCCAAAUCACAACACUUAUUUUGCGCUCAUGGGGACUCUACGUUUUCUUGGCCUCUAUAGAGAUGAGCACCAGGACUUCAGGGAUGAGCAGUUGCGUCUAAAAAAGCUUCGUGGCAAGGGGAAACCAAAGAAAGGAGAAGGGAAAAGAGCAGCAAAAAAGAAAUAGUGUUGGUCCAUCAGGAGAAGAAAGUUCUUUCUCAGCAACUGACAGCCGUGUUUAUCUUUCCACAUAUUCAAGGAAUGUAAGCUUCCGAAAUUAAAGAUUAUUUGGAGGAACACAAUCAUUUCUGUGUUGAACUCCAAUCCAGUUGAA